CACCCUGCGCGCACGCAUCUACCAAACUGUAAAAUGAAGUUACUAUCAACGGCGUUGGCAGUCCUGGCUGUUUUGGCUGUAGCCGAAUCAGCAGACAGCAGAGCGCGCGUCGUAUGCUACUUCAGCAACUGGGCAGUGUACCGGCCGGGGAUCGGACGGUACGGCAUUGAGGAUAUCCCCGUGGAACUGUGCACACAUCUUAUAUACUCCUUCAUCGGCGUCACCGAGGACAGCGAGGUGCUGGUGUUGGAUACUGAGUUGGACGAGGAGCAAAACGGGUUCAGAAACUUCACGUCGCUACGGGAGAAGUAUCCAGAUGUGAAAUACAUGGUGGCCGUGGGCGGCUGGGCGGAGGGCGGCGCGAAGUACUCUCGUAUGGUCGCACAGAAGUCAACCAGAAUGACCUUCGUGAGAAGCGUUGUUGAUUUUCUCGACAAAUACGACUUUGACGGUCUUGACUUGGACUGGGAGUAUCCCGGGGCCUCUGACCGCGGGGGCUCCUUCUCCGACAAGGACCGGUUCCUGUUCCUCGUCCAGGAGCUGAGGAGGGCCUUCAUCAGGGCUGGCAAGAAGUGGGAGCUGACUGCAGCGGUUCCGUUGGCCAACUUUAGACUGAACGAGGGAUACCAUGUGCCUGAACUUUGCGAACUCCUGGAUGCGAUCCACGUGAUGUCGUACGACUUAAGGGGCAACUGGGCCGGGUUCGCCGACGUCCAUUCCCCGCUGUACCGCCGCCCGCACGACCAGUGGGCUUAUGAGAAACUGAACGUGAAUGACGGCCUAGCCCUUUGGGAGGAGAAGGGUUGUCCUACCAAUAAACUGGUAGUCGGAGUGCCAUUCUACGGACGUUCCUUCACUCUAUCUGCUGGCAACAACAACUACAACCCAGGGACUUACAUCAACAAGGAGGCAGGAGGUGGAGACCCUGCCCCGUAUACUAAUGCUACAGGAUUCUGGGCUUACUAUGAGAUCUGCGACUACGUCGAUAAGCCCGGAUCUGAAUGGACCAAGAAAUGGGAUGAGCAGGGCAAGUGUCCCUAUGCUUACAAGGGAACCCAGUGGGUUGGGUACGAGGAUCCCACCAGCAUCGAGAUCAAGAUGAACUGGAUCAAGGAAAAGGGAUACCUGGGGGCAAUGACCUGGGCCAUAGACAUGGACGACUUUAGAGGACUGUGCGGCGAGAAGAAUCCUCUUAUAAAGCUCCUUGACAAACACAUGAGGUCGUACACUGUGCCCCCUCCUCGCGCCGGCAACACUACACCUACGCCUGAAUGGGCGCGACCCCCGUCUACUACCCCUGACCCAUCCGAAGGCGCUCCCGUCAUCUAUACCACAACCAAGGGACCUACCAGACCACCAACCACAAGCACAACCACAACCACCAAGAAACCGUCAACCACGUCAACGGUUGCGCCGACAACGAAACCAACGUCAACAACCACAGAAGAAACCAUAGCUGAAGUACCUGAGGAAGCACCAUCGGAAAACGAGGUGGACAGCCCUACGGAGUGCACCGAGAACGACGAUUACAUGCCCGUCAAGGGGACCUGUGAUAAGUACUGGCGUUGCGACAACGGCAAGCCUCUCCAGUUCACGUGCAAGCCCGGCACUGUCUUCAACACCAAACUCAACGUCUGCGACUGGCCCGACAACGCUGACAGAGAGGAAUGCUACUAAGUGCCAUUUUGUUAGGAGGGACUGAGGAAAAAAUUAGAGGAGUUGGUUCAUAGUCAGAUUGAUCUACGUUUUGGUGGCGUUAUGUCAAAUCCAGCCGACACACUACGACUAACGUUGAAUUGAUAUAACCCGAUCAAAUGAUGCAGGACUCACUACUUUUUAGGUGUCACUUCUCCCGCACACAUUGGAACCAAUUUACCAAUUACAUACUGUGAUUUUCUCAGUCCACCUCUUUGUUUCAACGUAUUAUGUUCAAGUAUAUGCCAGUAUACAUAUUAUUAUGCCAGUAAACAGAAAAUAUAUACCAGUAUCAUCUUAUGGCUCAAAAAUAUCUCUCUUAGCUCUAUUAUUAUAAUAAUUGAUUGAAUAUUAAGAAAUAGCACUGCCAUAGUUUAAUGCUACUAUAAGGAACUGAAAUGAUAAAGGGAAUAUUCAUUACAAUGUUUUUAUUUCUUA